GGGUCCUGUACAGCAGCCCGUGCGAGGCUGUCCUGGAGACCCCGCGCUGCCUGCACAUCUAUCGUCUCGGUUGUCAUGGAUGAUGAAGACGGCAGGUGCCUUCUAGAUGUAAUUUGUGACCCAGAAGCUCUCAAUGACUUUCUUCAUGGAUCUGAGACCCAUUUGGACACUGACGACCUUUUGGAUGGUUCGAGUGACCCCUCCACCUCGUUCUUCUCUACCACUGGGGGCCAUGUUCCAGAGGUCCAGCCGGUGGUCCAGCUGUCCUCCAGUGACUCAGGAGGCUUGCCCAGAGUCAGUGUUGACCUGGACUUCCUUGAGGAUGACAUCUUGGGUGAAUCACCAAGUGGAGAAGGUGGGAGCAAUGGCAUUGGGACAAAUCACGAGCCAUGUGACAUCCUACAGCAGAGCUUGGCUGAGGCCAACAUCACAGAGCAAAGCUUGCAGGAGGCAGAUGCCGAGCUGGACCUGGGCUCCUUUGGGAUUCCAGGCCUUACACAGGUGGUUCAGACACUUCCUGAUGCCAGCCUCUCUGGGGUUGGAGGCGCUACUGUUGGUGUAGGCAUCAGUGUUGGGGGAGCAGCAACAAUUUUCCCUGGGUCAGCUCCAAACACCACGGCUGCUCCUCCUAAUGCCACAGCUGACAUGCUGGGCUCGGUACUGGCUCAGCAGGGCCUUCAGCUCCAACCCCAAGUCAUGAACAAGGCCAUAAGUGUUCAGCCAUUUAUGCAGCCAGUGGGCCUGGGAAACGUGACGCUUCAACCCAUUUCAAGUCUCCAAGCUCUUUCUAAUGGGAGCCAGUCUGGGCAUUUGGGUAUUGGACAGAUUCAGGUUGUGGGUCAGCCUACAGUCAUGACUAUCAAUCAGUCUGGGCAGCCAAUAGUGGCUAAAGCUAUGGGUGGAUACCAGCUGCACCAGUCUGGGCCAGAGGUAUCAGGUGCUGCUUCUCAGGCAGGGCUUGGAGGCUCAGGAGGUGGACUUCUGAUCCAGGGUAACAAAGCCACUUUGGGAUCUCCAGCUUUAAAUGGACCAGCUGUUUGUGUCAGCAGCACAAAUAGCAGCAGUACUGGUACAAUGACUGCUUCAGCUGGGCUUGUUGGCUUUGGAAACACCCCUCUAAGUUCAGGAGUGGGACCCCAGACACAAACUCAAGGCCAAAUCAUGCAGAACGUGAUCAUUCAACGCACACCAACACCUAUUCAGCCUAAACCCCCCCAGGGGGGAACAAUUCAACCCAAACUCUUCAAACAGCAACAGCAGCAGCCACCACAGCCAGCACCCCAGGCCUUGCAAAACGAUGCCCAUAAGGCUCUUGGGCUGCAGCAACUUCCAGUUUCUGCUGCUCAGAAUGUAGCCUUCCUAACAGGAAAGCCUGGCUCUAAUGUUGUCCUGAGUACUCAAGCCACAACACAAGGCCCUCAGUUUCAACAAACCUUAUUCAAGCAACAAGCAGCGCAACCAUCAGGCAAACCCCUGAGUGUACACUUAUUAAACCAACCAAGCAGCAUCGUUAUUCCCUCUCAGACUGUUCUUCAAGGUCAGAACCACCAGUUCCUCCUGCCUCAUUUGCAGGCAGGUGGGCAGAUCCUGGCCCAGCACUCUGGCAGCCACAUCAUAACUAGUCAGGGUCCUGGUGGUCAGUUAAUUGCAAACCAGAUUUUAACUGCAAAUCAGAACAUCAACUUGGGUCAGGUGUUGAGUUCACAGGGUCACCCUGGGGCUGCCCACAUCCUCUCUGGACCCAUUCAGCUGCAGCCUGGUCAGAUGGGCACACCUACCCUCUUUCAGAUGCCCGUUGCCUCUUUGGCUCAGACUCAAAGUCAGACACAGACCCACACUGUCUCAGGUCAUGCCCAGACAGUUAUACAAGGCAUGCCAAUCCAGAACUCCCUGACCAUGCUGAGUCAGGUGGAAGGACUGAGCCCUGCUGUCAGCCUUCAGCCCGCCCUGCAGCCCCAGCCCGGUGGUGUCCCCAGCAGUACGGGAGCAGCUACCAUGGCUCAAGGCCAGCCUGGAGAAACUAUUGCUGUGCUGGGAAGUUCCACAGAACAGGCCUCUCAUCCUACUCAACAUCUUGUACAACAACCCUCGAUCCUUACCAUGCAGCCAGCUUCCUCUGUGUCCACAACUUCCACAGUACCCUCCUCUUCUCCGUCCAUGUCUAUUUCCACUUCUUCCUCUGUCACAGCGGUGGGGCUGGUCCCCCCUCAGGCUCAACAAAGUCCAGGGAGGUUAUUGUUCACCAACCAGGGCUCAAGCAUGAUCCUGAGCCAGGAGCCACUGCAGAUGUUUAUACAACAGGAGCAGCACCACCAAACAGAGAAUGAGUCAACCCCCUCUGUGGGCGUACCAGCGUCUGUAAUCGUCAGCAGCAACAACAUCACCACUGUGGCCCCCGCUGUCCAUGACAGCCAAUUAACUGACUCUUGGGUGGGUCAGAGCCACAGCCCUUCCCCUGGCCCCUCCCACAUGACAGCAGUGGUAAAGGUACCCUCAAGUGGACCUCAGCAGCCUCUGAAGAUCCAGGGCAUGUCCCCCUCACCGGCCUUGACCACUCAUGCCACAACGCCCCCGGUGGCAGAAAGUCCCCAGCCUUCCCAGUCCCCUCUCACUCUGAGCCAGCAGAUCCAGUCACCGCAUCAUCAACAGCAGUCACGUCCUCCCUCUCAGCCUCAAUCCCAGUCUCAAACUCCCGCUCGCUCAUGCACGCCCUCAUCUCACCCUCCACUAUUCAUUGUGCACAACCAAAUCACAGAAUCCCCUAAACCUGCUCCACAAGGCCAGCCUCAGCAAACACCACCCCAACAGGCACACAUUCAAGUUCAGCUUCAACCUUUGCCUCGGCCUGCCUCACAGCCUGCACCCUAUCAACAAGAAAUGCCUCCAUUGUCGCAGUCACCCAAGCCACCUCUUGCACCACCAGCACAGCACCAAUUUUCUGCACCUCCUGUUAGUGCUUGUGCUACUGCUGUAGUAAAAACCCAAGUUCCCAUCCAGGGCCUGACAGCUGGACAGCAACACCAGCUGCAGGUGGUCGGAGCACAAAUUCAGACUUUGUCAUCCAUCAGUCAGCCGUCACCCCAGCAGAAACAGCUGCUGGAGAAGCUGCACCAGGUUCAGCAGAACAUCAUGUUCCAGGCCAAAACUCAUCCUCAAGCCACUGGUCAGUUUAGUGCUCAGCAAGACGUGCCUGUUGAAAACGUGGUGAUGACAUCAUCAGCCAGCACUGAUACGCCGAAUCAGCUUCCCUCAAUGCUACAGCCGACAUCAGUGCUUGUCAAAACUUCUGCCCCAGCAUCAAGUGACUUACAGGUAUUCUCAGGACCCCCAGGGCCAGCUGGAGCAAUGGUAAAUCAACCUGUCACUCCUGCCAGCCUUACCCAGCCUUCACAGGUUCAGCCAAAGCCCGGAGUGAUCAGCUCAGUUGGAGGAAUGAGUGUGGGAAAAGGUGGGAUAAAGAUCCAAGUGUUGGGAGCUACUCUGACUCAGAUGUCUGCCCCACAACCCCCAGCUCCAGUACAACCUCAGACAACAACAAUGAAAAUGCCUUUCAGUGCAGAGCCCAGUAAAGAAGCCAGGAUGCUUGAACAGCUAAGGAAACAUCAGGGCUCAGUGCUUCACCCCAACUACAGUGCUCCUUUCCACUCUUUCGAGGACACGCUGCACAGACUGCUGCCUUACCAUCUCUACCAGGGAACUGCCAACUCCUCUCAAGAUUAUCAGAGAGUGGAUGAUGAAUUUGAGAGGGUCUCCUGUCAGCUGCUAAAAAGAACCCAGGCCAUGGUGGAUAAAUAUCGUUACCUGCUCUUUGCAGAGUCGAAACAGAGACUGGGCCCCUCGGCAGAGAUGGUGAUGAUUGACAGGAUGUUCAUUCAAGAGGAGAAGAUUGCUUUGAGUCAGGACAGGGUUUUGGCCAAGGAAAGACCAGAGGAGUUUGUGGCAAGUGUGCGAAAGUUGGAGAGUGUAGUUUCAUCCCAAUCAGACCCAUCGCCAGCUGAGAUUCCGUCAGUGAGUGGAGGCGCAUCUGCUGCUGUCCCUGCUCCAGUACCUGCAGCUCCUGUCCCAGCUCCUGUUCCCCACAUUGCCCCUAACUCUCCUCCUGCGCCUGCACCAGCUCCCGCUCCAGUUCCCGCUCCAGUUCCAACUCCUGCUCCAGUCUCUGCUCCAGCUCCUGCCCCUCCUUCCCUUUCCCCUUUCCCCCCUACCAAGCUGGUCAUAAAGCAGGGUGGAAGCGGUGCAUCUGUGUCCUGGUCCACCAGCUGCCCUCCAGCUGCAGCAGUCAAGCCGGUGGCCGAGCCCAUCAGCCAGAGCUCCACCUUCAGUCGUGCCCCAGCAUCAUCAUCCAGUUUUCCCUCCCCGUCAUUAAACACCCAAGCAGCCGAUGAUGACGAUGCUCUCCCGCAGCGAACCAGCAAACCACCUAUAAAGACCUACGAGGCUCGCAGAAGAAUUGGGUUAAAGCUAAAGAUCAAGCAGGAUCAGACGGGUUUCAGUAAGGUGGUCCACAACACUGCCUUGGACCCGGUGCACACACCUCAACCUCAGCUGAGCAGUCGGUCCACGUCUCAGGCUCAGCCUCAGUCCGAAGCUGCUGUUCUACACUUAAAGUCCCACCCUUCAUCGACUCUUCCCUCUACGGUCGUCACAACUCAGUCUCCUGUAUGCACUGCUUCGUCUGGCUUUUCAGUUGCCGUAGCAACAACUCAGUGUAACCCACCACUGAGAGGUAAUGUCCCCCAUAGCGCAGCCCCGUCGUCCUCCACCUCUUCUUCCCACACAUGGUCGUCAUCCACAUCGUCAUCUUCCACUCAGAUGAAUGGGACGUUGGACCACCACAGUUUGGGUGGGGUCAAACACAACCCUGCUUCCACUGCCACUCCCUCGCAGACAACCUGCCGCCUGCCCCUUCGAAAAACCUACAGAGAAAACGUCAGUCCCCGGGUUAGACCUGGCGUGCCAGGUGGAGGAGAUGAAAGUUUGUCCUAUCCCAGAACCACUCCAUCACCCCCAAGGCAUGAGGCCUCAACCCCUCCCUCAGAGCGGACAGUGAUAGCCAGUGUGAAGGUAGAGAAAAGAGACAGGGAGGCCUUACACACUCACACAGAGCUGAGCCAUGAAACCGGCCAUUUAGGGAGUACAAUGCAAGGACUGGACAGAAUAAAUGAGGUGUUUAACCGUGGCAUCAAAACCACGCAGCACCAUCACCUCCCCCUGCUUCUAGACCGAGAAGGGGCAAAGGAAAGAGGGGAAGAGCACACAGACCAAGAGACAGAUGUUAGUAAAUACAAAAGGUUGAGUGGUAAAAAUAGACAUAGAACAGGAGGGACAUUCAGAAUGGACCAGCAUGCCCCUGGGCCUCCCUCUCCAGAGUCCUCAUUUACAAGAGACUCUUUGCUUCCUGCCAAACGCUGCAAGUCUGACUCUCCUGAUAUGGAUAAUGCCAGCUUCUCCAGCGGCAGCCCUCCGGAUGACUCUCUGAACGAGCACUUGCAGUGCGCCAUAGACAGCAUCCUAAACCUGCAGCAGGAGCCCCCUGCCCGCGGGCAUCAUAUAAAAGGGGGCAACAGCAGACCCCACCAACACCAAAGUCAGCGCCCAGGAGAUUUGGCAGCCACUUCCCAUAGACCUUCAGUCCCAGCUCCUUCCUCUGCUUCAUCGUCAUCAUCCUUGGCCCAGCACCCUCAGGUUGGUGGCCGGGGCCACAAUGGCAGCCUGGUGCCCCAGACUCAAAGCAGAUAACAGCCCCUCAGCCCCAGGCUGGACUAACAAGGGGUAACUAAGAGAUGAAUUAGGAGGCAGGGAAGGGGGCUCUGUGAAAACUGCAUCACUGUACAUCUCUGCCAGGUUGUGUUGGCUUUGUUUGUCCAUUUGAAUUGUCCAGACAUUUCUGUCAUUUACAGUCUGAAGUAGCCCAAUGGUGGGAUGAACAUGGUAAAAAGUAAAACGGUGAAUUUGCAGACUUGAAUAUACAUGACAUUUUUUGUGUUCUUUCAAAUACACUUUAAUAAUGAGAUAAAUUUGUUAAAGGCUGUUCUCUAAUUCUUUCUUUUUCACUUUUCUUUCAUUCAGUAUUUAUACAUUCCUUUCACGUGGCCUGAGAACCAGUCUCUAUCCACAGUAGUACAUCUCAUGGUUUAAACUGUGUCCUAUUGAGCAUCAGGCAGCUUGUUAAAACAGUUCAUAAGUCAACAGAAUACAAUGGUGUGAUACUGUAACAGGUUACAAUGCAUACAGUGUUCUUGUACCUUAUCUCAAAGACAAAGCUGCCCUUCAGAUGCAAACAUGUUAAAUGCAGUCUAUAUUUCUGUAUGUUGUUGGUAACUCUGAAGGGUCAGUUAUGCUGGUUUCAAGACAAAGUAGUUUCCAUCUUCAUCUUGCCUGCAAUUUCAACAUCACAUGAAACUUUAGGUAAAACAAAACACACAAAAAAGAAAAUAAUAACGAGAAUAUCAUUUGUCAAGUUAUUCUCCUUUGACUGUUCUCUGAAACUGUAAUACCACGAUGUCAAGAUGUAAAUGAGGAUGUAUGGAAAUGUAACUUAUUUUCAGCACCUAAUGUCAAAUAUUUCCAGGUUUUCACACGUAUACACACCUACCCUGCUGUUCUUGUAAUGCUAUGUUAGGACAUUAUUCAUUUCAGUCAGCAGGGGUCAGGCCAGUUUUAACUGAUGCUUUUCUGUGUGUUCAGUCUGUUCCAACAUUCUGCCACUAUAUCCCUGCCUCCCUUGAGUUUUCUUGUUUUCUAAGGCCUGGUGGACAAUUCAAACACAAACUUAGCACAAGCAUUGAAAUGGAAAAAAAAAAGGAACAAUAAUAAUGUAAAAAAAAGACCGGAAGAGAAUUUGAAGUAUAGUAUUACAGAUUAAUUUUGUAUUGUAUUUAUUGUGUAUAAUGACACUUUUUAAAAAGAAAUGUACAUUUAGUAAAACUGUAAAUUAAACCUCGCUUCUUUUAUGAAUCA